AUGUCUAAGAAGAGCCAACAUACCCUUGCUGGUCCAUCAACCCAAGAUGAGAAGAAGAGGAAGGCCAUUUGGAAUGAAAAAUUGAUAGAGGAGUUUAUCGAUAUAUGUAUUGGUGAAGUUGAAGCUGGUAAUUGCCCAGGAACACAUUUCAAUAGGUUAAGGUGGGCCAAUAUAAUUAAGAAAUUCAAUGAGAAGAUUGGAAAUCAAUAUGACUACAAAAAAUUUACAAAUAAGUGGGAUAACCUGAAAGCAAAUUGGAGCAUUUGGAUGAAAUUGGUGGGAAAGGAAACAGGGCUUGGAUGGGAUCCUGUUAGAAAUACAAUAGAUGCACCAGAUGCAUGGUGGGAAAAAAAAUUGCAGGAGAUUCCUGAUGUAGCUAAGUUUCGAGAACGUGGUCUACAACAUGCCAUAAAAUUGGAUAGGUUAUUUAGAGGUACUAGUGCCACUGGGGAGGGGGCCUGGGCACCAGCUUUACUGGUGCAGGAGGAUGUUGAGGACACAAUUGAAGUAUAUGAGAGGUUGGAUGGGGUUAAUAAUGAUACAUUUGAGGGCUUAGGUGACUCAGAUGAGGACCAUCAUAUGAUUGCAUAUAAAAUUGAUGAUGUUCCCACUGAUAAUUUUAAUGUUAACCUUACUCUUGCAUCUGAUGCUAUCCAAGAGAGAGGAAAGAAAAGAGUUAGCUCUACUUUGCAUGAUAAGAAAUGCAAGAAGGUUGAGGUGGAGAAGAAAAGUACAGUGCCAUCCAAGAUGAUUGAUAAACCUGGACGUAGUAUCGAUGAGGUGAUGGACGAAGUGCAUAUGAUGCCUGAGAUGGUAGUACAACCUGAACUGCUUUUGAUUGCUGCUGAGGUAUGGGCAGCAUUGACAAUAGUUCUGAGGAAAAUUAUUCCAGUGAAGAUGAGAUAG